UGCGUCUCGUGAAGGAAAAAAGAAAAAAAGGGGGAGAGCUUCGCUUCGGCUCGAGAUCUGCAUCCCCACUUCCCUCCUCCUCCUCCUCCUUUCUCCUCCCGCCGGUCGCUUCGUUCCCAGAUCAGCAGAUGAUAAGGAGAUGGGGAAAGGGAACUGGUUUUCCACCGUGAAGAAAGCUCUCAGCCCCGACUCGAAGGAGAAGAGAGAACCGAAAUCUAGUAAGUCAAAGAAGAAAUGGUUUGGCAAGCAAAAAGACCUCGUAUCCGAUCUGAACUCCCCCGCGGCGGUGGCGGAGCCGCUACCUCCGCCGCUUCCUCCUCAGACUGAAGAAGUGAACUUGACGGAUGGGGCGAAGGAAGAAAGCGGGCAUGUCGAUGCCGUCGCGAUAGUCGCUAAUUCCAGUUCAAAUACUGCUGCAGAGGCUGUUAAAUCUACUUACUUUGCUCAGCUUGCUGGCAAAUCAAGGGAGGAAGCGGCGGCAAUUAAGAUUCAGAAAUCAUUCCGAGGAUAUCAGGCAAGAAGGGCAAUGCGAGCUUUGAGAGGGCUAGUCCGGUUGAAAUCAUUGGUUGAAGGGCCAACAGUCAAACGCCAAGUUGCGAGUACCCUAAAGUGUAUGCAGACUCUAGCUCGUGUACAGUCUCAGAUCCAUUCUAGGAGGAUCAGAAUGUCAGAGGAGAAUCAAACUCUUCAGAAACAACUCCUGCAGAAACGUGCAAAGGAGUUGGAGAAUCUCAGGCUUGGGGAAGAAUGGGAUGAUAGUCUGCAAUCUAAGGAGCAAAUUGAAUCAAAGCUUCUGAAGAAAUUUGAUGCAGCUAUGAGAAGAGAAAGAGCCCUCGCUUAUUCAUUCACUCAUCAGCAAACCUGGAAGAAUCCGUCCAAGUUGACAAAUCACAUGUUCUUGGAUCCAAGCAAUCCCACGUGGGGUUGGAGUUGGUUGGAACGUUGGAUGGCUGCCCGACCUUGGGAGGGCCGGAGCACUACAGAGAAAGAGCCCAGCAAUGACCUGAAAAGUGCUAGCAUCACUGGAGGGGAAGUUACCACAUCUUAUGCUCGCUACCAACUCAAUUUGGAUAAACAUUCUCCAACAGCCAGCCAGAAGUCUAGCCAGACAAACGGCUUCCAGUCCCCUUCAACUCCGAAGCCAGCCUCAUCAGUAACCUCUCGCAAACUGAAGCUAGCUACUCCAAAGAGCAGUGCCCGAGUUGCAGACGACGACUCGGAAAGCAUGGUGAGCAUGCAGUCUGGUAUGAAUAGAAGGCAUAGCAUAGGAGGGUCGUCAGUGCGAGACGACGAGAGCCUGGGAAGCUCCGCCUCAGUUCCUAGUUACAUGGUAGCCACCGAGUCUGCGAGAGCCAAGUCCCGGUUGCAGAGUCCGUUGGGGAUAGAGAAUAAUGCGACCCCGGAUAAAGGAACCGCGGGACCUGCAAAGAAAAGGCUCUCUUUCCCGCCUUCGCCGGCCAGGCCGAGGAGGCAUUCAGGUCCUCCAAAGUUCAACAGCAGCAUUGUCUCUGAGAAUAGCGCGACCAAUGGAGGGGCAAGCUAGCUAAUAAGUUGGAGUUUCAAUAAAAUAAAAAAGAUACGUGAAGAAAUUUGGGAAUGCAAGGUCGCUGCUCAUCACAUCACAUUGAUUUCUUUGUUGUGAUCGUGGGAAGAACAUUGUUUGAUUGAAAAGUUUCGUACCUCGGGUUGGGUUAGUGGGUGGGAGAUCCCUUAUUUGUUAUUUAUUUAUUCAAGUUUAACAUACUUUCCUGUUGGUCCGGUUCUUGACAUCUGGAUGAGUGCAAUGAACCGCACUGCCAUUGCGAAUGUCCUGUUUACUCAUAGAGCGAUGUGUGCUCACAGUCAAUCGAAUAAUUUGUCUGUGUUUUCUCUA